AACACUCCCAGUAGUAAGUGGCGGUUGCAUAUUUGCAGAGAUACAUAUACAUACUUUGCAUACUUAUAUAGGGAGGAAAGGGGAGUGCCGGAGUGGUAACCAAGAGUGUGUAUUAGUAUCUCUGUUUUCACCAUUUCCACUGUUUACGGAGCAUUUUAAAGUACGUGUGUGUGAUGGUCGGUGCACGCGCAUGCAUUGCUGGAGUUGAAAAGGUUGGAUUUUGAGCAUUUUAUCAUACACCCUUUUUGGCUUGGUAGCUCACGCUUCGUUUUCAGCCGAAAAGCUUGGAUUUUGCUGGGAAAAUCAAAAUAUUGGAUUUUGUCUGUUUUUGAAAUUGGGAGCCAGAUUUUGUUGUUCUUGGUGAGAAAUCUCCAUGUGCUUGAGCUAAGAAUAGUGUUUAGUUGGUGGGUGAUGUGGGCUGUUAGUUUCUCAAUUGCAUUUCCUGUGAUUGAGGAAAUUAUAUGAGGAAGAAAUAGGAACUCAUGGUGGUGCUGAGUUUUUUCUUCAUUUGAAGUGGGGAGAUGAGGUUUGGCCCUAUUAUCUUCAUGAAACAAGGCUUAAUUUUUCAUAAUUAAGUUCUUGGAGGAGAAAGGGGGUAGAAAAUUGGAGUUUGUUUUAUGUAUUGAGUUUUUGGAGGGUGGAAUUCAGAGGAUAAAGUGCAUGUGUUAUGCUAUUUUGGGGUGAAAAGGAGUUACUGCUGUUUUUUAUGCUGCUCCAAGCCUCCAACUGUUUUGUUUGAAUCUUCAUGAUGAAACUGUCUGCUUGCUUGAAUCAGCAGUCUCCUGAAGGAGGCGAGAAGAGCUGCCUAAAUUCUGAACUUUGGCAUGCCUGUGCCGGCCCUCUCGUUUCUCUCCCAUCUAUCGGAAGCCAUGUGGUGUAUUUUCCUCAGGGACACAGCGAGCAGGUUGCUGUGUCCACGAACAAAGAAGUCGAUGCUCAGAUGCCUAAUUACCAGAGCUUACCUGCUCAGCUCAUUUGCCAGCUUCAUAACGUGACCAUGCACGCUGACAUAGAGACGGACGAGGUGUAUGCUCAAAUGACCUUGCAACCACUAAAUGCACAAGAGCAGAAAGAGAUUUCCUUCCAUCCGGCUGACUUGGGUGCAGCUAGCAAACAGCCAACCAAUUACUUCUGCAAAACUUUGACAGCUAGUGACACGAGUACUCAUGGUGGAUUCUCAGUUCCGCGUCGGGCUGCAGAAAAAGUCUUCCCACCAUUGGAUUUUUCACAGCAACCUCCGGCACAAGAGUUGAUUGCCCGUGAUCUCCAUAGCAACGAGUGGAAAUUCAGACAUAUAUUUCGAGGUCAGCCAAAGAGGCAUCUGCUCACAACUGGUUGGAGUGUUUUUGUGAGUGCUAAACGGCUCGUUGCUGGUGAUUCGGUUCUUUUCAUAUGGAAUGACAAGAAUCAGCUGCUUCUUGGCAUUAGACGUGCCAACCGCCCCCAAACAGUCAUGCCUUCGUCAGUUUUAUCCAGUGAUAGCAUGCAUCUCGUGCUUGCUGCUGCUGCUCAUGCAGCUGCAACAUAUAGCCGUUACACGAUAUUCUAUAAUCCCAGGGCAAGUCCGUCUGAAUUUGUUAUACCUCUGGCUAAAUACGUAAAAGCAGUGCACCAUACUCGAGUGUCCGUGGGGAUGCGCUUCCGUAUGCUGUUUGAAACAGAGGAAUCCAGUGUCCGUCGCUACAUGGGCACGAUAACUGGCAUAAGCGACUCGGAUCCUGUCAGGUGGUUAAAUUCACACUGGCGUUCGGUCAAGGUUGGCUGGGACGAGUCAACAGCUGGGGAGAGGCAGCCGAGAGUUUCACUUUGGGAAAUCGAACCUUUAACCACGUUCCCUAUGUAUCAUUCGCCUUUUCCUCUACGACUGAAGCGGCCUUGGCCAUCAGGUCUCCCCUCAUACGCAGGGAUGAAGGCUGAUGAGAUGGGGUUAAAUCCCUCCCUCAUGUGGCUUCGUGGAGACGGUGGAAUGCAAGCCCUGAACCAAGGGAUGGGUGUCACGCCGUGGAUGCAGCCAAGGUUCGAUAUGUCAAUGCUCGGUAUGCAAAAUGAUAUCUAUCAAGCCAUGUCAGCUGCAGCUAUGCAGGAUAUGAGGGUUGCCUCAGUUAUGCAAUUCCAGCAGCCCCAAUCCGUCGGCAGCAGCUCUGCAGGUUAUAUGCAGCAGUCUCACUGCUCCGCUCCCUUCGUUCAAAGCCUUCAAGGCCAGUCUCAGGCAAUGUCGCACGCAAACCUACUCCAGCGACAACUGCUCCAGCAAAACUCGUUCAACGAUGCACAGAUCCAGCAGCAGCAACAACAACACGGUAAUCAGACGCAGCAUGAUAUUGAUCCUCAGCAAUCGCAGUUGUCAUCAAACUCUCAACUUCAGUCUCCGACUAUGCACUCUAUGUCUUCCAUGCAUCAGAGCUUUUCAGAGUCAAACGUUAAACCUGUCGGCAACAUGAGUUCUCCUCUACACAGCCUGUUGAGUUCGGUCAACCAGGACGAGGCCUCCAACCUCCUUAACGUGUCGAGAUCAAGCAACUUGCUAUCUUCUAGUGGUUGGCCGACAAAACGGGUUGCUCUCGAUCCUCUUUCAAGUGGUCUCUCCUCCCAGAGUAUCACGCCGCAGGCUGAUCAAUUAGGACUUUCGAACGCAUACACAACCAGCAAUCCUGUUUCUUUGCCUCCUUUUCCUGGCAGAGAGUGCUUGAUGGGGCAAGAAGCGAAUAACGAUCCCCACAACAACUUCCUCUUUGGAGUUAACAUAGAUUCCUCCUCCCUUCUCAUGCCGAACGGGAUGCCAAACCUUAAAGCAGUUGUUAGUGACAGUGAUAACGCGACCAUGGCCUUCGCCUCUUCCAGCUACAUGACUAGCUCUGGUGCUGAUUACCAGCUCAACCGUCCCGUGACUUCAAGCAGUUGCAUUGAUGAUUCAGGUUUGUUGAUGUCUACCGAGAAUGGAGGGAAUAACAAUCUGCCCAAUAAAACCUUUGUUAAGGUUCACAAAUUUGGCUCGUUUGGAAGAUCGCUUGACAUCACCAAAUUCAGUAGCUAUCCGGAGCUGCGAAGUGAGCUUGCUCAGAUGUUUGGCCUCGAAGGCGAAUUGGAAGAUCCGUUGAGAUCAGGCUGGCAGCUUGUAUUCGUGGACCGUGAAAACGAUGUUCUUCUUCUUGGUGACGACCCCUGGCAGGAGUUCGUAAACAGUGUGUGGUGCAUCAAGAUCCUGUCGCCACAAGAGGUGCAGGAGAUGGGGAAACCGGGACAGGAACUACUCAACUCCGUGCCCCUUCAGAGGUUGCCCGCCCAAAACGGCAGUUGUGAUGGCUUUGGAAACCGACAGGAGGCGAGGAACAUGAGCACCGGUAUACCGUCUGUUGGAAGUCUAGAUUUCUGAAUCGAUAUCUGUUUGUAAUAUUAGCGUUGUCUGAAUCUGGUAGGCAAGAGAAAUUCUGUUUCUAACUUGAAAAAAAUUUAUAAUAGAAGCUAAUAUAUACUUCUGUAAGUUUAUUAUAGUAUAUACUUCAUCCUCUGUUUUCUUCCCAUA